AUGUUUACUGCCAAAGUUAGCAGACAGAUUGAAACGAUGGCAAAAAUUGGUGCAAUGCAGCUGUCGAAUAGGCUACAUUUUAGCCUAAACAAAAUUAAUGGACAGUCGAUUAAUGGACAAUCUCUUUGGGUUAUGAUAAGGGUAUGA